AUGCCUUCCACUGCUGCAGCCUGCACAGCAGCAGCAGCAACAGCAGCAGCAGCAGCAGCAACAGCAGCAGCAGCAGCAGCAGCAGCAGCAGCACAAAUUCCUUUGCUGUUUUUCCCUGUCUCCUUAUCACCCUCCCCAUACAACCACCGUGGGCAGCAGCAGCAGCAGCAGCAGCAGCAGCAGCAGGAGCAGCAGCAGCAACAGCAAGAACAGCAGCAGCAGGACGAAGGGUUUACACCCGCAGACAACCACAAAUAUAUAAAACCACCAGAAGAUACACACAUCAGACAUACCUGCAGCGGCUACAUCACACACACAGCAGCAGCAGCAGCAGCAGCAGCAGAUGCAGCAGCAGCAGCAGCAGCAGGAGCAGCAGAUGCAGCAGCAGCAGCAGUAGAUGCAGCGGCAGCAGCAGCAGGAGAUGCAGCAGAUGCAGCAGCAGCAGCAGCAGCAGCAGCAGAUGCAGCAGCAGCAGCAUGA